AUAAUCUUAUUCUUAAGAGGCUGCAAAGAGCUGGGACUUAAAGAAUCUCAGCUUUUUGAUCCUGGUGAUCUGCAGGACACAUCAAACAGAGUAACCAUCAAGAACAUUGACUAUAGUAGGAAGCUGAAAAAUGUAUUAGUCACCAUUUAUUGGCUAGGGAAAGCAGCAAACAGCUGCACGUCAUAUAGUGGAUCAACCCUGAACCUGAAGGAGUUUGAAGGUUUGCUGGCACAGAUGAGAAAGGAAACAGAGGAUAUCGAGAGCCCAAAGCGCAGCAUUCGUGACAGCGGCUAUAUAGACUGCUGGGACUCUGAACGCAGCGAUUCCCUCUCCCCACCUCGCCACGGCAGAGAUGAUUCCUUUGACAGUCUGGACUCCUUUGGCUCCCGCUCGCAGCAGACACCGUCUCCAGAUGUAGUGCUCAGAGGGAGCAGCGAUGGGAGAGGAAGUGACUCGGAAACUGACCUGCCACACAGAAAGAUGCCAGAUGUGAAAAAAGAUGAUAUGUUGGCAAGGCGGACCUCACAUGGUGAACCUAAAUCAGCUGUGCCUUUUAACCAGUACCUCCCUAACAAGAGUAAUCAGACUUUCUAUGUACCCGCUCCACUUCGGAAAAAGCAAGCUGAACGAGAAGAGUACCGAAAGAGCUGGAGCACGGCGACUUCACCCCUGGGAGACAGACCUUUCAGCAAACCCCACCCUGAAAUCACAGAAGAACAGAAUGAAACAUCAGGACUGUGUGAAAAGGAGAAAGUGUGCUCCGUGGCUCCUGAGGCAAACUCCCUUAAAAAUCAAGUAGGUUCAAAUCAAAAUGAAGGAAGCUCCAUAGACCAGUCUCCUUCAUGUAGUGCAAAAGAAACAUCAACACCCAAGGGGAAAGAUGCAGAAGAGAUCAGAAAGUUAAGAAGACUCGAACAAGCUGGCAUUAAGGUCAUGUCAGCAGCCCAGCGUUAUGGCAGUAAAAAGCAAACAUGUGAAGACAACGGAAGCACCCCAGACAUCAUCCUUCGCAGGGACAACCCCUUCAUGACACAUUACCAAGGGAAGGAUUCUGGUUCAGAAGAUGAAGCAGCCAGCAGAGUUCCUGAUUUAGAAAAGGAUGACUUUGCCACUCGGAGGGCCAGAAUGAAUCAACCCAAACACAUAGUUCCAUUUAACUCCUUUUUAAUUGGACCCUAUACAAGUAAAGAAAAAGGUAAACUGGAAGACAUUAAAAAGCCAUUGCAGAUGGAAAAGCAGGAACACGCAAGAAGACGACGGGUGCACAUGGCAUCAGCAAGGCAAAUAAUGACAAGCAAAGAGAACCCACUUCCGCAAACUGAGAAGACUGAGUCAGAGGAUGAACAGCAGGUGAAAGUGCCUGAUACUGAGGGAGAUGAUUUGGCUAAACAGAAAUCUCAAAGUACCCUUCCUCAGCUACGAGAAGAUGGGAUUUUUGUGAAUGCUUCUGUAACAAAAGCAAAUCUGGAGACCUGGAAAAGAUUGAAACUGUCAGGGGAGUCCAGUGAAGAAGAUUUCAAAUGUCCCAGUGACACUGUGCCACCAGCUGAAAUCACCGUGAAAGCAGCAGCCCAUGAUGAUUUUGCUGUCCGCAAAGCCAGAGCAAACAAAAAGGCUGGUAGCCCCAGGCAGAAGUUUGUGCAUUUUGGGCCAGUAACGGAGAUUGAUCAACAGAAAUGGGACAAGCUCAUUAUUGGCAGAGCUUCAUCCAAGAGUGGAACAGCAGAGGAAAGCAAGAAAGACAGUGUGGAGAGUCACUCUGGUGUUGAAAGCUCUCCUUCAACCACUGUUGGCAGUCUCGGGUGUGCUGAACACAGAGAUGAAGUAUCUAAGCCACAGAAUGAGUCCAGUGAGGUAACCAAGUCAGGUACAGAUGACUCUUGCAGGAGAAUGCUGUCACCUGACCCAGUUUCUGGCAUCGUCUCUGAGAAAGACACCCCUUGCAGUUUGAACAAACAACAAGAAAGCACCAAGGAAGAACAUGAAGGGCAUUUACCAGACAUUGAGAGAGAUGAUAUGUUGGUUAGAAGGAUGGGAACUUUUCAGAGGUGUACCACUAGCCCCAUUCCCAUACAUUGUCCUCCUCUGUCAGUAGUUCCUCAUCUGCUGCAACAGCAGCAAGGGGAGGCAGUGGCUCGUGAGAAGGAUUUGAAGACUCCACAGGAAGCAGAAAGUACUGUCACACGAGAAGAAAGCCAAGAACAGCUUGAAAUCCCUCAGCAGCAGAGUGGUGGAACAGAAAACAAAGUGAAAUUUCCAGACCCACGAAGAGAUGACAUGUUGGCUAGAAGAACUGGAGCCUUCCUAAAACAGCCUGGGCCCAGUGUUAAGCAGUUCCUUCCCAUGCCAUUUUCAAAGCAGCACAAUAAGCAGGGCACAGCUAGAGACCUUGAGAAGAGAACAAUGAGGCCUGAAAAAAGUCCACAAGCCUGCAUUAAUAAUUCUGGAAAACCUAUAAUACAACCGCCGCAAGAACAGCAGCAGGGGCAGGAAAAAUGCAGUCUCCCUUCUGCAGGACAAGAUGAGACUAUUUGUACUGCCCAAGUGGGUGAAGGUAGCCUUAAUGAAGUCCACCUUGAUCAAACAUCUAAGCUUCAGGAAGUUCCUGGGGAAAACAAAACGGAAACACUGUCAUCCAAGGAUGAGCAUCUGCAAACAUUCGGCCCCAGAACUGCUGUGUCUGAUGACGCAGAGAGUAUGAGCAUGUUUGAUAUGAGAUGUGAAGAAGAAGCUGUGUCUCAGCCUCACAGCAAAGCUCGCCAUGAGAAACUGCAGAACAUAAACAACCAGCUUAAAGAGGACGAGACCAGAUGGCAAGAUGACCUGGCUCGGUGGAAGAGUCGUCGAAGGAGCGCUUCACAGGAUUUAAUAAAAAAAGAAGCUGAGAGAAAGAAAAUGGAAAGGUUAUUGUCUGGAGAUGGAACAAAUGAGCGCAGAAAAAGCAUCAAAACCUACCGAGAAAUUGUGGAAGAGAAAGAGAGAAGAGAGCGAGAGCUUCAUGAGGCAUACAAGAAUGCAAAGUCACAGGAGGAGGCUGAGAGCAUCCUCCAGCAGUACAUCGAAAGAUUCACUAUCAGUGAAGCUGUCCUUGAGCGUCUGCAGAUGCCAAAAAUUCUGGAAAGAAGCCAUUCAGUGGAGCCAAAUUCCCCACUGAAAGACCCAAAUCCUCUGAGAUAUUUAAGGCAACAGUCACUGCCUGCUCCAAAAUUCACUGCCACCAUUGAAGCAACCAUUGUUCCCACCACUGAACUAGAGCCCAGUGGUUCGACGGGCCGCACGUCUCCCAGCAAAAGUGUUGUCUCCAAGGCUGUGCCUAUGCUGACACCCAAGCCUUACUCCCAACCCAAAAAUACGCAGGAGGUUUUAAAGAACUUUAAGGUAGAUGGAAAAGUCAGCAUGAACGGAGAGAAUUUCAAUGGCGUGGAAGAGAAGGAUAAAGAGUGUACAACAGUAAUAUUUACUCCUUCGCCAAGCAGAUCUCUGAAAUUUGACGGAGUAGCCAGAGGGGACAGGUCCCCAGUAGAGUUGAAGACGGACCCCACAAGUGUUGAGCUCAGUUUACAGAGACCUGUCACUCAGAGUGUGCACAAAGAGCCAACAGCCUCCCCGCUGGAAGCAGACACAGCCACCAGCCAGCAGGUUGAGGCCAGCCCUGGAAGUGUGGGACCUGCGAGCCCAGCGUGCCCAUCCCCAGACAAAGCUAAUUCUAGAGGCAGUGUAGACCCACUGAUGAAUGAGGUGGGUGCCCUGGUGACAAAGGAGACAGAGAAGGUGGAGUUACUGAAUCACCUCUUUGUCUACACUACUGGAGACUGUCCUCAGGAGCCCCGGACACCUGAGGCACCAGAGGAAGUCAGAAUAAAGGAGGAGUUUGCCUUGGUUGACGAGGACUGGGCUAUCCAUGGGUCCUGGUGGAGUGCACCU